UAGCAGCAUUAGCGUUCAGUAGAUAUGUUUGGUUAUUAGUUAGAAGGCAGCACGGCCGAGUAUCCGUCGCCCGCUGUGUGUGAAGGUCCAGUGGUGCAGGCAGUGAGUGGGGAGCAGCUGGCCGGCAUGUCUGCGUUCUCUGAGGCGGCCCUGGAGAAAAAGCUGUCGGAGCUGAGUAACUCCCAGCAGAGUGUGCAGACCCUGUCUCUGUGGCUGAUUCACCAUAGAAAGCACUCCAGGGUUAUUGUCGCCGUGUGGGAUAGGGAGCUGCGGAAAGCAAAGCCUAGUAGAAAGUUGACAUUUCUGUACCUGGCGAAUGAUGUGAUUCAAAACAGCAAGAGAAAAGGGCCAGAAUUUACAAAAGAUUUUGCACCUGUUAUUGCGGAAGCAUUUAAACAUGUUGCAAGUGAAACAGAUGAGAGCUGUAAGAAGCAUUUGGCUAGGGUCCUCUCUAUAUGGGAAGAGAGGGCUGUGUAUGAAAACGAUGUACUGGAUCAUCUGAAGACCGCUUUAUAUGGUGAGAAAAAAAACAAAAAGCGACCAUAUGAAGAAAUAAAAGUAGACAAAGAUGAUGACGAUGAUGAUGACGAUGAUGAUAAUGCUUCUUUAAAAAGUUCUCCUGAAGAUCCACCUCAGACUACAGAUCUUAUACGGGCAUUGCAGGAACUGGAAAAUGCAGCUUCAGGAGAUGCAGCUGUGCAUCAGAGGAUAGGCUCAUUGCCAAUAGAAGUACAAGAUGUGUCACUUCUGAACAAGAUUACUGAUAAAGCUUCUGGAGAUCAGCUUUCAAAGAUGGUGGAUGAUGCUUGCAUGCUUCUUGCAGAUUAUAGUGGCAGACUAGCAGCAGAAAUAGAUGACCGUAAACAGUUGACCAAAAUGCUGUCGGAUUUCCUGCAAUGUCAGAAGGAGGUCCUCGAUGAGAAGGAACACCAACUAGAAGAGUACAAGCGCAAAUUGGCAGGAGUAUCCCAGGUCCGGAAAGAGCUGAGGUUGCGAAUCCAAAAUCUGCCAGAUCUGUCACGUCUUCCAAACGUUACAGGAAGUCGAGUCCGUUUGCCGUAUGCAAGUGACAUCUACAAUGAUGAUUAACUGGAAGUUGUGAUAGCCCCAAUUGUCUCAUUUAGCUAUGGGAAAUCUAUUAGUAUUAUUUUGUAUAUUGUUCAAAUUGGAUUGACUAUAUAUAUAUUGUUUAAAUUGGUUUGACUCUGAAUAAAUUAACUGUUGUGUAAAACAUUGAUAUUAUGUGGAUAGUAAGCAGCACAUAUUUAACAAAAACAUACUGAUGGGCCUUGUAUAUUACUUGUCUUACUUACUGUUCAAUGUAAAUUAUUAAACUAUUUUGUGACAUAUACA